CUGUGCUGCAGCGGUGCAACCACGUCAGCACGUUUGAGUGUGAACCUACCUGCAUCUGUGGUCUCUCGCUCUCCUUGCAGGGUCUCAAGCAACUGGCAGUCAGCAGCAGCCUAAGAAGGGGUAGAGGCGACGCGGAUGCAGGGGGUUGAGCUCCAGGUUGGGUCGUCCUACCGCUCCCUGGCCUAUACGGCCGGCAACAACAAGGGCCACGAGCAAGAGCUCCAGGACCAGGCAUUGAAUCCGCAAGAGCAUCAUGAAGUAGGAGGCGUUCCCUCCAAGAAGAAGCGUCGGGUGGGGGAUAGGAGGCUACUGGCAGCAGCAGCAGCACCGGCGGCAUCAUUGACUCUACAAGAGGAAGAAGUAAGACUCUCUGACGAGCUAUUUGACAGUUACGGCCUGGAAGAAAUGCACGAUGUCGAAAGCGGGGUGGAAGGACACGGGCUUUCCCUAGGAGUUGGGGAGAAGAGCAACAACGGGGAGUUGCACGAGAACGGAGGCGGAACUGUUCAAGGGUGGGCGCCGCCGGGGCUCGGCGUUUGCCAACUCUGGGCUCAGCAAGCGUCCUUGCUGAAACGCAAGAAGACCUCCCCGGUCGGCCUCGGUGUCUCCGCUUCCUUCUUCUCUUCUUCCCCCUCCCCGGCAUCCCCUUCCGCGGAGCCCCCUCUGUCGUCCUCGGCCGGGAAGCGGCAAGCCGCCGCCGUCGGUUUCAGCGUCGACGACGCCGUCCCCGUGUCCCGGGAUGACAAGGCAAAGCUUGUCGGCGGCUACCUGGGGUCCGCCAGGCCAGGCUACGGGGACAAGACUCGCAAGCCGGUCUGGUGGGCGGCUGAGGUGCCUUGGCGGAAGGGAGUGAGCAUCAGCCAGAUGAACAACGCCACCCUCCACAAGCUGGUCGUCGCUGUCAAAGCGCACCAGAGGCAGGAGCGCCGCGAGGCCCUCGCUAGCGGCAACGGGUUCGUGCCCGACAGCGGGCUGCUCGUGUGCGCCCCGAAGACGAAGAAGGAGAUGUCCCGCCUCAUCCGCUCCAUCCAAGGCCGCAGACUUCAGUACGGUAAGGACGGCAAGCGCCCUCCCUGGUGGCCCGCAGAUGCUCCCUGGGACAGCGACAGGCCGUUGUCGACCAUGAAGCACGGGGAGGUGACCAGUAUCUUCAAGGCUAUGAUUCGCGAAGGGCUGUUGUUCGACACGGACAGCGGCAGCUCCUCCUCCUCCUCCUCCUCCUCCUCGUUCUCGUCCUCUUCCUUUUCAUCUCCACCUUCCUCAGACUCGGACUCGGGAAAGAACGACAGCCUCGAAGGUCACCAAGACCUCCUCCUCGACCAGAGCGGCAACGACAACGUCGUAAACGGCGAGGUGGCCUGGGAGGAACGCCCGAACCACCACCGCAGCGGUAGAAGCGGCUUCUUGGGCGGCGACACGGACGGUGGCGGCUCGUUGGAGAGGCCGGCUUCUUUGCUCGCCAUGGCGGAGACACACGGCCACCUGAUGCCUGAGGCAGCCUCGUUCCUGCCCCAGCAGCAGCAGCAGCAAGUGGUGGCGGGAGAGACCUCCCCCAACAUGUUCUCGGUUGGUUAUGACAUGGCGGAAGCCGAAAUAAGCCUGGGCGAUCUGUGAUGAGAACGAAUCAAUUUGUGUGAAGUCGAUCGAUCCCAUUAUUGUUGCAGGAACCGACAAGAGUAGUUGAGAAGGGAGAAGGUGGGGAUGGGGAUCGGGCGGGGCAAUUUUUUCCCCUGGGAUGUAUAAAUGACGCCAAGUUCUUGUGACAGAUGCUUCCUGUUUGCCUCGUGCGCAGAAAUCAUGCUAUCUACGAAAUGAUCUACCAAAGAAGAUCAUGUCCGCGUUGGGUAUCAAACGUCGUCUUCCAGUUGCGUGAUGGGUAUCUGUUUUCUUUUGUUAACCCUUUCGUUUUUGAGAUCUUGAAUACCGUAGUGUUUCUCGGAUUUCAUCAGUUGGCAUCGAAUAUCAUUCCCACGACCUCUAGCCGCGAUCCAUCAGAGGUGGUGUACACCAAACUCUGGGUUUGGAGGCCCCAUGUACAGCUCGGGAUUAGGCAGUGUUUUUCUUGAUUGUUCGGCGGGGUCGGAACUCGGUAAAGGUGUAGAAAUCGAUCUCGUGUGGGUUGGAUGUACCUGUCGGCAGUUGUAUUGUUGUGGGUCUUGAGGCUCAAGUCAGCCUGCUUCUUCGCUGCCUUGUUCUUUUUUGCGGAGGAGCCAAUCGCUUCGCUAUGGCUGGCUACGUCUCGCUUUGUCGAGAAGGAGUUUGUGCAUUCGAUGACAGCGGUGGUCCCAAUUUUGCGCCUAGACAGGGACACACCGAUGCAAGACCAAUGCAAGGAGGGGAGGGGGAAGGGGUAUGGGUAGAUAGUGAAAAUUUGCUUUGGUUGGGGGAAGGGAGGGUUGCACCGUGAGCGGCCACAACGUUGUUGCACGAAACGAGGUUCCAAUUUUGCGCCUAGAUAGGGACGUACGUGAGGGGCGGGUGCAGCGCUGACAAAAUGCACCAACAAACGGGGGUUCAGUUCACUCUUGUUGGUUUGUCCUUGGCAAUGGCCCGGCCGUUGUUGUCACACACGAUUGGGGGGUUGUGUUUUCGGUGGUCAUCCCAAUUUUGCUCCUAGAAAGGGACACCGAGAGAUCGAGAGAGGGAAGGGUGGGACAGGAGAGCAUGUGCAUCGCACACGCGACGGACUCUUUUCGGUUAUAGUUUGGGUUGGGUAGUGUGCUCGUUCGCCACGAAAAGGUCGAAACGAUGUCGCACUAGAGCAGGUGGGAAAGUAAGUGGUGGAUGGCGAGAGUCCCGAUUUUGCGGCUAGACAGGGACGGACGUUAGGUGUGGAAGCGGAUACAGCAUACAUUGGAAUCAUUACACACGUGGGGUUCACUUCAACGCUGAUUGUUCUUCGGCAGAUGAAUCGUCUUGUUGUCGAAUGGGGCGAAUAGCAAUCGAUGGCGAUGGUGCCAACUUUGCGGCUAGCCGGAGGCGGGCGUGGAGGAUGCCGGAGGGAGGGGGUACGUAUCGUGGCAGUGAGUGGCACAGAGAGGGGACGAGCCACACACGCCUUGAUUUAUUGCGAGUUUGCUUGGGAACUUUGGGAGUACUUCACUGGGAUUCUUGGAGUCAUUUUUUCGUCUUGAUAUGGACACAAUUUUGAAACUGUAGACUGCAUCGGGGAACGGAUGGUUUCAGGCGAUACUUUGUUAGGUUUAGCUUGUUGAUUUCGAUGCUCCUAUGGUUGAUGAACCGACCGUCGCACGGUUAACAAUCCUUUGUGGUGCUGUCUCGGAGGUGCGCAAAGAGUAAGCGCAGUUUGUUCGAGGUGCGUGUGGAGCAUGUUUUUCCACUUGUUUGUUGUGGGUGUGGUCAGAGGUCGAAGCGGAUGGCGAAACAUUUCCAAGAAAAAGAGGUCUUGGUGUCGCCCGUAUUUAUUUUGCUGGUCAGAACAAAAUGUGCAGCUGAGAGCCCUACAGGCCUUAUUCAACGCUUCCCUUUCGACAGAAUGGGCGUAGGUUGGGUCGCACCAUUUCUCACAAUAUCGGCUUGUUUUGUUUGCAAGGAGGAAGACGUGACAGCAUUGAUUGGUGGACUCGAAGCCAACCACAAAGCAAUAUUUGUAUCUCCCUGGGGGGGAACGUGAUGUGUGUCGUUCUUUACUUGGUACUAGUGUUGUAUGUGUCUAGUCUCCUAUUUCCAAUCGAAUAUAAUAUAUUGACGGUAGAGGAGGGGCAAGCCACGUUUUCAGAUGACAGCAAGAAUAGGCCGUUCGCCUCCGCUUCUGCGGGAGGGGUGGGGUGGGACUGACUUGGGUAGGUGUUUCGACGGGAGAGAGAGAGCAGUUGUCCACGCGUGGUUCACGAUGCAUGGAAAAAAACAAGAAUGAGUUGUCGACUUGGAGAGAAAGGCGCCCGACGCUGGUCAAUGAGUCACUUUCUGCCGGAAGAUGCUCGGAGGGCGAUUGAACAAAAACAGUGCUUCGUGCCUGCAUCCAUUUUUUCGUCUUGAUAUGGACACAAUUUUGAAACUGUAGACUGCAUCGGGGAACGGAUGGUUUCAGGCGAUACUUUGUUAGGUUUAGCUUGUUGAUUUCGAUGCUCCUAUGGUUGAUGAACCGACCGUCGCACGGUUAACAAUCCUUUGUGGUGCUGUCUCGGAGGUGCGCAAAGAGUAAGCGCAGUUUGUUCGAGGUGCGUGUGGAGCAUGUCGGUUGCUGUCGACUGAUGUUACGGCGGUAGGGGGGCGCACUUUUUGGGGCGAAAUCCACAAUACGAGUACAGUAGGUGUCCCGAUAUAGUGCCGGCUGAAUAGUGCCAAAGUCCGGGGCGCAGAAUCCAGAGAUGAACGCCCGAAAAAUAGUGGGAAGAUAUCAAUUGGUGAAGAGGGGAGUUCGUUAUCUUCUUUACCCCUUUUUUAGGUUUCAUCUGCUUUUUUGUGUGCUCAUGUAAGGAGCACUACAUCCAUCCAAGUUAUACCUCCAAAUGUACACCGGGUGCAUGCAUGGGCGUCUUUCUUUCGCUGUCCGGGGUGCCUUUGAGGUUGCCUGAAGAAUAAUAAUGGUACGGCCUUCUUGCAGCGAGGUGAACUUUUAUCGGGCAGCACAGGCUACGGUUGAAAAGGCAGCAGCAACGUUCGUUUCACUAGCGAGUGCUUGCGCUGAGGUGGGAAAAGAACACCUGCUGUGCAACAAAUCUAUCUGGUCAAUCAAGUUAAUUUUGAUGUGACCAAUGCCGUGUUUUCGACAGUCCAAGAGCCUCACGAACCUUAAUGAAGCCCGCCCACGUCGCCCACCUCACGUUUGAUUUGAAUACCGUUCGUUUGGUACUCUGUCAGCCCCGCAAAGCGCAAGCGCUGCACUCUGAAGUCGAACAGUCCUGAAUAGUGCCAAGUCGGCACGAUAGAGGGAUUUUCGGGCCCUGAGUAGUGCCGUUU